AUGGGAACGAGGAUGGAGGUGGCACAGCUUGAGGAAAGGAUGAACAUUGAGGACUACAGAAAGCUACAGGGCCUUUUCCUGGACUCCUCGGGUGCUCCUCGCUCCUUCUCCCGAACUGAAUUUGUAGAUCUGGCUUGGUCCUCGGUUGGACGUGGCUCUAAAGAGGAAUACUGCCUCCUGUUUGACAGCGUGGUCGUCACCCAGGAGCCCCGCGGCCUCCUUCUGGACGUCGACGUGAUGAAGGAAGAGGAACGAGUCGAUUGGGGAGGCCUGUCAUGCUUUUUGCUACAAGAGCUUUCUGAUAAAGUGAAGAACACCAGAACCAAAAGAGGGCCUCGCUGGAAGCCACUGCGCACUUUGACUUGUCCGCAUCGAGACCCGGUUCAAAAGGUGUUGUACCUGCAGAGUUCGGGUCAGUAUCUGACUGUGAGUAAGGGAGGAACCGUGGGUCUGCGGGACAGAGAGGACAUGUCCCUCCUGCACACACAUCGACUGCAAAACAGCACGGUCACACCCAAAGACCUCUGGGUAACGGACAUGGUGCUGCUGCUCAAUGUAGACAAGAUAGCCGUGUCUUUCACAAGCAAGGAGGUUUGUUUCUAUGACAUUCUGUCAAAACAGAACUUCAGGUGCAAGUGUAAACUCCAGGGUUUGAAGUUCACUCCCUGGUGUCUGGAUUACUGGGUGGAUCCCUCUGACCCGGACCAGGCCGUCCUCACCAUAGGAGACAUCGGAGGACAGGUCAGUGCUUUAUAUUUCACCUCAGCUCAGAUCUCUUUGUUUGAGAGACUGAAUGUGAGGACGGACUCAGAUUCAGCAGACCUCAUCCAAUGGGACGAGCUGGUGAGAGGAAAGCAUCGCUCCUGUUACACUGUCACACACCGAGCACACACACCUGCCUGGGUUAGAAAAGUACGUUACCUGGGCUCGCUGCAAGCCUUUGUGUCCUGCAGCACGCAGCCGCAGAGCAGCAUGGUGAUGGGCUGGAGGGAACAGGGGAGCAGGAGUCUACGAGUCACUUCCUUCUUCACAAAGAGAGGUGUGUGGGACAUGGACCACCACCGGGAACUCAAUCUGAUAGCCACAGCAGGUGUGGACCAUCAGGUGUUGCUGUGGAACCCGUGUGUGACCUCGGAGCCGGUGUGUGUGCUCAGCGGACACACCGGCCCCGUCACCGCAGUCCGCUUCAUGCAGGCUGAGCAACAACUGCUCAGCUACUCCCAAGAUAAGGUCCUGUGUUUUUGGGAUAUAUCUCAUCAGCUGUGUGUUCACCGCCUGGCCGGAGUCUUCCCAAAGACGCAGGAGGAGACACACACCCAACUGUUUCUCCACGAGGAGCGAAACCUCCUAUUUCUCUCCUUCAACACCCUGCUCCUCCUGCUGGAGACCACGAAGGAGGAGAAGAGGAUCAGCAGCCAUGAGCGCCCUGUCACCUGUGUGCUGUAUAACAGUCUGUUCAGACAGGCCGUCAGCAGCGACUCGGCCUCCUCUGUGAUCUGCUGGCGUGUCGACACGGGCCAAAAGGUCAAGCAGUUUCGCCGCUGCCAUGGAAACGCGGAGAUUUCCACCAUGGCCCUGGAUGGUACGCAGACCCGGCUGUUUACUGCGGGCACUGACGGGGAGGUCAAAGUAUGGGACUUCAAUGGCCGCUGCCUCCACAGAAUGAACGCCGGCCUGGGUCGAGCUGUGGACAUUUCACAAGUGCUGCUGCUGAGGAGGAGCAUUCUGGUGAUGGGAUGGGACAGGAUGUUCACAGUUUUCCGUCUGCAAUCCUUCUCUCAGUCUUACGUUGAACCGUCAGAGUGGAAGGGAGGCGUUCAGCAUCGCAGCGACGUGCUCUGUGCUGCCUUCCAGCCUCCACAGACGCUGGUCACAGGAAGCUAUGAUGGAGAGAUUAAAGUGUGGAACAGCAGCACAGAACAUGCGUUGAGGAAACUGCGGCCACUUACUGAACACAGAGAAGGCAAGAAAACUCAAUUUAACACAAAUAAUGGCAAAGAAGAUGCCGAUAACUGCUUCGCCAUCACUAGAUUGUUCUUUAUACCGGGACGCACAACUAAAGGUGGUGCAGACUUGGUGUCCUGUGGAGGAUCAGGUGUGGUCAGACUCUGGAACACCGCCCACAGCCAUCUGGUGGGACAGUUCACAGCUCACAACAGCGACCUGGGCUCUAUUGUUAUGACCGUCAGUCCCUGCGGGAAAUAUUUAGUCACAGCUGAUAGAGAGGGGACACUCAAGACCUGGGAGAUACAGGAUUAUUGUCUCGAGCUACAUGAUGGAAUAACAGACCACCCUCCAAAACUACUGAGCAGUUUCCGCCCGCACCUCGACCGUGUGAUGCACUUGGAGAUGUGUCUCCAUGGCGACAGACUCCUCAUUCUCUCAGCAUCAUCAGACUGCAGUGUGGCACUUAGCUACCUGUGUGGAGAUAACGUGGGUCUGUUCGGACAGGAGGAGCAAUGGUGCUUGGAGAGAACUGGACCUCUGCACCCACAGCAGGAAGCAGAGCGGAAACAGCAAGAGGAGGAAGGCAAGAGGUCACCUCCAGCUGCCAGUGAGACACUCCCUGACCCAGGACCCUCUGCAGGGGGUGGGGAUAAAAGGGGAGGACUGUAGCACUUUCUAAGGAGUGGACAGCAGAAAGCAUUUAUUCCGCUGAAGAGUAGAGUCUUAAGUGUUCCAUUUUCCCUGUGCUGUUGGACUCUAAAGUAUUGUCUCCUCAGAAACCAAAUAACUGUAUUCAAUUCUGGAAAAUUUAAGAGAAUGGAGACAGAAGCUCGUGAGAUUUAUGUGUUUUACUUGCAAGCAUGAAUAGAAGUUUGCACAAUUACGUCGAUUGGUGAUACAACACAUACACACCUACACGAUCCAUUAAUUUCAGAGAGAGCUGUAGGAGGAGAAGGUGUCAAUAACAGGAAAUCUAAGAGAUAUAUAUCUUCUAUUUUCUCAGAAUUUAAACAAUGGUUAUAUAACUGUGCUGUUUUGCUAUCUGCAGCGGGUGUACAAUUUUCUUGAGCUUUCCUGGAAGUUAAGCAAUCGUUGCAAAUUACAAGGUUACUUCAUACAGACUGAAAUAUAGAG